CGAGGAUACUUCUACUACUACUACACCUCCUGUAGCAGGACCAUCGUUUUCCUCAUAUAAUGAUUUUUUGAAUAACAAAGUCGGGGAGGAUCAACAUAUGAUGGCUGUUGAUUCUCGUGAAGAAGAUCAUCAAGUCAUCAUGAUGGAAAAAUUCCAAACCAAUGAAGAUAACUUCCGAACAAAAAGCAUUAUUAUAGAAACUGAAGAGAAUAGUGAGGUGAUGAUCGAGUGCGGUGGUGUAAAGAUCAAUAAUAAAG